AUGGCUUCUGCUACUCAAACAGAGGAGCAUGUGCAGUUGAAACUUCUUGUUAAUGAAGAGAGUAAUAAAGUUGUAUUGGCUGAAGCAGGGAAGGACUUUGUCGACAUUCUCUGUAGCUUCUUAACAAUACCAUUAGGAACCAUUGCUAGACUUUCGCAGAAGGAUUCAAACAUGGGACCUGUCACAGUUGGUUGUCUUAACUCACUUUAUCAAAGUGUGUCAAAUCUUGACGAGUGUCUGUGGACAAAUACAAACAAAGAAUUGUUGUUGUAUCCGAGGAACUCAUCCGAAGAAUAUUGCAGUACACUUAAGUUUAACAUUGAUGAUCUUGAGUCCACGGAAUACUUCAUGUGUGGUAACAAAUACUGUGGUCGGGAAAAUCGUCAUUAUUAUGCCGGACAUGGUUAUAUUCUGAGCACAUCUGCAUAUCAUGAAUGUCCGCGCUGUAAGAGUCAUUGCAACCGUUCGAUUUUCCUGAAACCUUACUGCAAAGGAUUUGUUAACAGUGUUGCUACUUUUGUCAUUACUGAGGAUUUAACUAUCAUGCCGAACUCCAUGGUUCAUACAAGCUUUUCUCUGCUCCAGAAUUCUGGAAUAAGCACAAGUUCUGCAAAAGAAAUUACUGUCAAUGUCACUCAAGAAAAGCUUUUCAACAUUUCUUCAAUACUCCCUCCGUCCCAUAAUGAGUGUGUCAGUUGA